CAAAAACCUUUGCGAUCUAUUGAGAAAUGCUCGAGUUAUAAGCGUUCCAAAUCUUGCAUUUUUUCCUACUUGUUCAGUGCCUAGAUUUCCAUUUCACCCCCUAUAUCUUCCGGUUAGACGUAGUCCUACGUCAAAACUUUAUCGUGUAUGUUUGCUCUAAAGUUGUUUCCAUCGAAACUUCGACGAGGUCGCAAAUUAAGGGCUGUCAAAAAGCGGGUACCGUAUUCUUUAAGAGCUAUCCUCACUUCUUGCAAUCCUCGUAUGAAAACGGAAGUUACGAAUAAUUCAUUCUGAUAGUAUGCGUAGCAUUUAGAAUUUCUGGUACAUUGUGCGUUGAAGUGCUCCUCUAAUUUACUCCAGACUUUGAUCGAUCGGCUAAAAAUGCUUUGGGGGUACACUAUGCCAAAAAUUGGCCUGCCAACAUCAGAACUUUUGGCAAUAUUUCCAAAAUUACAGAUGAUCCUCUAAAACCCUGUUUUUGGCACUUUUUUAAAAAUUGAAGCAAAAAAUAUUUUUGUGAAAGCAAACUUGUACAGAAUUUAUUUUAGUUUUCAAAACUACUUCUCGGUUCGGGAUCGUUUUUUAUUGGAAUAUCCAUCACCAAAGACGAAGGGGUAAUUUUUUAUGAAACAAAAAUAUCUCUGUAUAGGAAGGUCCUACAUGAACGCUUUAGGAACCAAAUGAAAGCUGGUUAAUAAGGUUAAUUGGAUUUGCUAUCAAGUUGGUUAGAAUUUUUUUUUGUUGAACCACAAAAUCUUUCUCGAUAUUUUUGUCCACUACGUCACCAAGAUGUAGAUGAGAAUAUGUUCGUGAAAUAUUCAAAUAGAAUGUUUCAAAAGCUUGUUUUAGACUUUCAAAAGUAGUGAAAAGGCGAAUUCGAGUUUGAGUCACUGUACGAGUAACCACAAUGAGAGGAAUGCACAUAAUAAUAAUAAUCAAUAAUAAAGUAAAAGGUAUCGAAAAGUAAAUUUGUAUCUUGUGUUUUUGUCAUGACCUAUCCUCACUGGCGGCAGAUGCUCCCAAGGCGAUUUCAAUCGAUGAUUCUCAAUAAUUCAUAUUCCUACACGCAAACGCUACGUUUUGCACCUGUAUGUAUGAUUUAUUGGCGUAAAAAAAACGAUGCGUAAUCGCUUUAUUUCUAUUGUCAUUUCAAUAAGUUUGUUGGUGGAAAAUCCAUACGCGCAGGGAAAAUCAUUGUCAUCCCCUUGCGAAUGGGCGGACAGCUUCUGUUAGGCAGAUUUUUAAUUACUGGAUGCACAAUGCUCGAAGCGGAUGUUUGUGGGAGUGCACUCCAGGGAUUUCACUGCUGCUUCCACCUUCCUCAUAAGUCAAUUAUGUCUAGGUGAUUUCCACUUAUCUUCAUUAGACAAAAAAAUCAAACUUCCCCGGCAGCUUGCACAUUUCGCAUGCAGCAGUGUUGUCCUGAUGGUUCGAUGAUUGAGUAACAAACCGAUAAGAUGGAUGGAACAUGGAUUCUAGCAUUUAUGCUAACUGUUUUGCGUUCGACUUCAGCGACGUUGGAAUCACUCAACAUGACGGAGUAUUACAUGCUUCCAAAAUUAUACAAAUAUGAUGAUUUUGAUCGCUGUCUGCAUGAGUUUGAUUCGAAAGCGGUAUAUUGUCUUAUUGACACUACGAUAAAACCGAAUACAACCGCCACAAUAUGGCCAUUAAUUCAGAAAUAUUCGAAUGACACCAAGCGAAGCUUCCGUCAUGAUCGUAUUCAACGUGGAUUUUGUAUGAACUGGUGCAAAAAGAUUAUGGAAAAAUACGACCGCAUGACCCAGAGGAAAUACUUCCUGUCAAAAUUCAACGAAAGCAGCGAAAUAACAUUCGAUUCGAACACGUUCCGAACGGGUCUGGAUUGGCGCAUCAAAUAUAAGAAGUUAGCGAAUAUGUGUGUUAAUUUUGAAUUGAAGCGACAGUACUCCAUUAUGGGUCACUCGGUUGUGGAGUACUGCGUGACGAACAGGGAUCGUGAGCCGGUGGAUUAUUUGGAUAUGAUCUUCCUGGUCGUUCUUGGAUCGAUAAUCCUAGCGGUUGGUUUGUCGACCUUCUACGACUACACAUUGAAGCGGAAGUAUUCCCCCGAAAUCAGGAGCAGCGAAUACUACCGUGUUCCUGUGCGACGAGGAUUAUCGCAGAAGCUGGUCGCAUUUUCAGUUUCUCGGAAUUGGCAGACACUGGUAGCGAAACGGAAAACGACUCUAUCCAAAGACCUUCGUUUUAUACAGAGUGCCCGAUUUCUGGUCAUGUACCUGGUAAUCGCUGGCCAUUGCAUGCUGUUCAACUGUAUUUUUCCUCUGUUGAACCCGGAGUACGUAGAAGUGAACUACCGGCGGCUGGUGACAAUGAUAAUUUUCAAUGGAACAACAGUCAUACAGACUUAUUUUACAAUCAGCGGAUUCCUACUGGCGGUACAAUUUACUAAUUAUUUCGAAAAGAAUAAAGCAUUCACGGCGAGGGAUUUUUUCGCAAGCAUCCUCUACCGGUACUUGAGACUGGCCCCACUUUACAUCUUCAUGAUUCUUUUGGAUGCAACAUGGCUGUUCAAGAUCCAGGAUGGACCGGUGUGGAAGAGAAUUGCCGAAACCGAACGUACGUUUUGUCGCAAAAAUUUUUGGGCGAAUAUACUUUUCAUCAACAACUAUUUCACUGUAGACGAGCCGUGCCUCCAGCAGAGUUGGUAUCUCGCUACGGACUUCCAGCUGUUCGUCGCCGGACAGAUCCUGCUCGCUUCCACACGACGUUUUCCCAAGCUGCUGAAACCAACCCUUGCCGUGGCCGUUGUCUCGUCUCUCGUUUCGUGUGCCUUCGUGACGUAUGUCAAUCGUUUCGAGGGGGUGAUCAUGCUGCGACCGGAAGCAAUCAAAUACGUCCUCUGGUAUGACGAAAGCUAUCGGAAAAUGUACAUUCCAACCCACACAAAUUAUGGCAGCUAUUUGGCUGGGUUGAUUGCCGGUUUGGCUUACAUGAAGCUGAAACGUUCGGAGUGCGAUGUACGACGGCAUAAACUGUUCCUGAUAGCGUGGUAUUCGGGCUUGCCGUUGGCUAUAAUGCUGCUGCUGUCCGCUUACAUUUUUUACGCGUAUGACUUUGAGAAGCCUGCCAUCUGGAUUGCGAUUUAUGCGGCCUUUUCCAAGAACCUGUGGGGGGUGAUUCUUGCGGUACUCUUCGUGGGACUCGCCUUCGGAGUAGGUGGGACACUCAAGCGACUGCUGAGCAAUCCGAUAUUCAGACCGCUUGGUAAGGUCACUUACGCGGUUUAUUUGUGCCAUUCGUUCGUCAUCCGGACCACGCUGGGCAACAUCCGGCAGCCGAUUUAUGUGAGUGAUGUGAGAAUUUUGGUUUCAACAUCAUCAACCCUAGUGUUAUCCUACAUUCUGGGAUUGUUACUAUGUUUGGGGAUAGAGAUUCCACUGUCCAAUCUACAGAAGCAGUUGUUUGACAAGAAACCAGAAACCUUGUACGAAGAAAAUGUUGAAUUAAAAAAUGGUGUUCACAUUGAGGCGACUAAUGAUUUGCCACGUUAAAACAAA